UUUCGGAAUCCACCACCGUUCACAACCUAACGGGACCACUACUGGAAGUACUCAAAGAGGAAUCCGUACCAUUCGUCCCAUCCGUCACGCGCCAACCCUUGAGCGAAGUCUUGCUCGUAAUUGAGGAACCAAAACCGGAACCUACCAACCCAACCGGAGCCGAUCCCAUCCCGGAAGUGUCCCUCUUCUGUUCCCUCUGUCUACGCCCGUGCACCUCCGACCAGGUGGUCGAAUUCUCCACCGAACCCAGCUGGAACUGUCUGGAUGUGGCGAGCGGUCGGGACAAGUUGGCGCUACUUUUGGGCGUGGAGAUGGAGCUGGAGCAAUGUGCCGUUUGCCGGUCCUGCUGGACCAUGGUGGAAACGUUCGGGGACUUCCGGGAGGGGUGUCUGAAGGCGGUUGCUUGGAGGGCGCGAUUUUCGUUUGGACUGGAUGGGGUUGGGGACGAUUGGCUGUCCAAGGAUCAGGUGGAGGCAAUGGGUUGGACGCGGAAGGUGGUUCAGGAACACGUGGAGCGCAUUGAAAUUGCCGAGGUUGAGGCGCGGAACAGGCAGGAUUCGGGUGCGAAUGAGUUGCCGGAGGAGAAGCCAGUGCUGGAAGAUGAGCAGGAUUGGGGGGCGGAGGAGGCAAGCCGUCCAGAUUCACCGGAGGAGCGGCCCAGCGAGACCGCAGAAAUCGUAGAGAAAAUGGAAAUAAUUGGAUUUAGUUGCGCAAAAUGCAAGCGAAAGUUUGAAACUAAAGCUGGCGCCUCGAUCCACUUUGAGUAUUGUAAAAAGCCGCCCAAAAAGAAGCCACUCGCCGCGAAGCUGCACACGUGCUCGGUCUGUUCGGCCAAUUUUACGCAGGCCUACAGGUUGGAAGAGCACCUCAAUAGGCACUCGGGUAGGAAUACUUAAAAUGGUUUUAAAAAAUCUUGAAACAUUCUCCGCCUUUGUUUUAGGAAUCAAACCUUACGUGUGCCGCAAGGGAGUCUGUAACAAACCUAUGUACGGAAACUGUCAACGAAGAAAACACGAAAAAGUGUGUAAGGGAGUUGAUUCGUCAAAUCCAAACGUUGAGCAAGAUACUCCGGAAGCGUUUGACGUGGACAUGUGAGUUGACUCAUUGAAUGUAUUUUUUUAAAUUCAUAAAAAUCAUUAUUAAAAAGCAGCGCAUCCCUGAAUAAGCAACAAGAGAAAACAAUCUACUCGUGCGAAAAUUGCCCAAGAAGGUUCGACACCCAAGGAGGGUUGAAGAACCAUGCUUCAAGGUGCAAUGAACGCGUUGAGAGACGUAAAUUUCACACCUGCGAGAUCUGUUCGAUGGAAUUUCUCUGUCCUCAAACUCUUGAAGCGCACAUGAAUAAGCACAACGGAAUCAAACCGUACAGAUGCAAAAACGAAAGCUGCGGCAAGCACUUUUACGGAAAAGGUGAACUGUACCGGCACAACAUGCUUUGUGGCAAGGACAAGCCCAUCUGUCCGCUCUGUGGCGUCCAGCUGUCCUCGAAGGGAACGCUGAAGGCGCACAUGGAAACCCACGCGGAAGAGCCCGUGGCCGGGUGCGACACGUGCGGUAAAAAGUUCAAAUCGACAAAGAGUCUCAAGCGGCACCAGGCGGUCCACUCGGACGAGCGGAACUAUCCGUGCGGGGUGUGCGGCAAGGCGCUCAAGUCGGCGAAUGCACUGUACGUGCACCGGCGGAUUCACACGCAGGAAAAGCCGUACAGCUGCACCGUUUGCGGGCAACGGUUCGCGUACAAAUGUUUGGUGAAGCCGCACGUGAAGAAGUGCCACGCGGAGGAGGGUUGAAGGGGUAUUUUUUCUGGAAAUUUGAGCAAUAAAUGGU